AUGCUCUCACGUGUUGCUGCAGUCAUGGCACCCCGCACACACAACCGUCGCCGCGUGACCGGAUCCAGCGGAAGGAGGAGGGAAGGAAGAGAGAGUGAGCCGCAGAGGCCCAACAUUUCCCGGCGUGUGUUUACUUCCGCGGUGCUGCUCCUCCUUGUCGUCGUGAUGAUGAUGUGCUGCAGCACUGGUGGAGGUGCACAAGCUGCUGAGGUGGAUCAGUCGUCUAAUCCACGGUUUCAAUGGAAGGACAUCAAGAGUGAGGGUGGUGUAACUGUGGACUCGUUGGGUGUUCCCGGCCUUCUAAAAGUGGGGAGUGGCGUAUUUGUCGUUGCCGAGGCGCAGUGCAAAAAGGAUGGAAACAGCGGCUUUAGUGGCAUUGUAUCCCAACUUCUCACGGAAACAGAGGAUAACGAGCCGAAGGAAGUGCUGAAGGAAGCCAAAAAGGAUACACAAGUUCUGGAGGAAGUUACUUCUGCAAAGGAGGAGAAGAGAGUAAAUGUGAGCCGACCAACAGCAGUUGUGGAGGGAAGUAAUAUUUACAUGCUUGUUGGAAAACACAGCCAUGGAGAUCUCGCUGAAUGUAAGGCUGGGACUGAGAAGAUCAAAUCGGAAAUAUUGCUGGUGAAAGGGACAGUCAGUGGUGAUGAAGCAGAGAAAAAAAUCCGCUGGAACGAUACUGACGGUCUCCCGUGCACUCUGGGCGAGGAACACAAAUCCCUGUCACAGCUGAUUCUUGGCGGUGGAUCGGGUGUUAAGAUGCAUGAUGAUACGCUUGUGUUCCCAGUGGAAGGCAAGAAGAAGAAGGAGAAGGAGGAGAAAGAUGUGAAAACCGUUUCACUGAUCCUAUACUCGAAGGACUUUACGACUUGGACGCUGUCGAAGGGGAUGUCUGCCGAUGGCUGCAGUGUUCCCUCCGUCGUGGAGUGGGAGAAGGAAAAAAAACUCAUGAUGAUGACUGCGUGUGAUGAUGGCCCCCGCAGGGUGUACGAGUCCGACGACAAGGGGGAUUCGUGGACGGAGGCACUCGGGACACUCUCGCGCGUGUGGGGCAACAAACGGGAUAAAAAAGCGAAACUCGUUAGAAGCGGGUUCAUCACAGCGCGGACUGACGGGGUUGAAGAUAAGAGAACUGUGAUGCUCGUCACUCUGCCGGUCUACUCCAAAAAAGAGAAAAAUGGAAACAGCAAUGGAAAGGGUGUACUCCAUCUUUGGGUUACGGACAAUACGCACAUUGUUGAUAUUGGGCCGGUAUCCGGUGAUGAGGACGCUGCCGCCAGCUCCCUGUUGUACAGAAGUGGUAAAGAUGGUAAAAAUAAGAAGGAGUUGAUUGCACUGUACGAGAAGAAGAAGGGCGAUGAGAAAGAAACAUCACCCGGUAUGGUCUCUGUGAUUCUGACUGAGCAGCUGAAGCGUGUGAAGGAGGUGCUGAAGACAUGGAAUGAAGUGGACAAACGUGUCUCCAAGCUGUGCGCUUCUGAGAAUGCUAAGGAGGAUCCCUCACCUGCCACUGCCUGCGGCGCCGCCAUUCCGACGGAUGGGCUGGUUGGCUUUUUGUCCGGCAAGUUCUCUGAUGGCACAUGGAGGGACGAGUACCUCGGCGUGAACGCCACAGUAAAGAAGAAUGAUGGGGUGGAGAAAAAGGAAAAUGGCGUAACAUUUAAAGGGCGUGGUGCGUGGGCGGAGUGGCCCGUUGGCAGUCAAGGGGAGAAUCAGCUGUACCACUUUGCGAAUUACAACUUCACUCUUGUGGCGACAGUGUCCAUCCACGGUGAGCCGAAGGGAGAUACCCCCAUUUCUUUGAUGGGCGUGAAGACGAAUGGUGCUGAGAAUACAGUACUCCUGGGACUGUCGUACAGCAACAACGAGAAGAAAUGGAUGCUACUCUGCGGUGGCGGAACGAAGUCAGAGGAGCUUAGCAGCCCUUGGGAGCCAGGGAAAAAACACCAAUUGGCCAUUGUGCUACAGAACGGCAGCCAGGGCUCCGCGUACGUUGAUGGUCAGCGUUUGGGUGGGGAUGAACAAUGUGAAUUGAAAGUGACGGAACCGAACGAAAUCUCCCACUUCUACAUUGGAGGGGAUGGAGGCGGCGCAGGGAGCCAAGAAGGCGUGUCUGUGACCGUGACGAACGUCCUGCUGUACAACCGCCCGUUGAAUGAAGCAGAAAUUGUCGCCCUCAAACCCAAUAAAGACUCCACUUCACCUUUGGAAAAGAAUCCGUCGGAGCACUCAACAGUUUCUUCUACCUCCAUUAUAACUCCCAUAUCUCCGGUGUCCCCGAAUGCUCAGAAAACCGAAACUCCGUCUACUCCUGUCGGAACACAGCUGACGGAACAGGGACAGUCAAUGGGGAGCAGUAAAGGUGCGGGCAGUGGCGCUGCAUCCGCAUCAGCGGUGUCCACUGUCAGUAAUUCCUCAGCAGGAAAGGAGUCCGUAGUGCAGGUGACGUCAGGAACAUCUCCCGACGGGACUCAAACUGUGGGUGGCGGUUCUACUGCAGUUGGCGAGCCAACGAUGGAGACCCGAGAAGGAGGAACGAAUGGGCAGGAGGAGGAGGUUAAUCAACAGGUCAUGGAAGUAAAUACUACGGCGCUCAACAGCAGCCUCGGAAAUGUGUCGCAGGGGAAUAACAGUGAUGCUGGCACUAUGCGUGAGAGCGGACUGCUGCCAUCGCUGCUUCUUCUCCUGUUGGGAUUGUGGUGGUUUGCGGCUCUGUGA